AUGACCACAAAGGGGGGGAAGGAGCCUGAGUCAGGAUCUACAUCAGAGGCCAAAGGGUCGCAUCACAAGGCUGAUGAACCAGAGGACGAUGAUGAUGACAAUAGCUUGGAUGAGACCCUCUCCAACUUCUCGUCGGUCUCGGAGGAUUCAUUACCACCGAUCCACGCCUUCGGCUUCACAUACCACGGCUCCGGCCGCAUCCUCUGGCCCAAUGAUGAAGCCGGUGGUAGGGUGAUGGACCUGCAGCACAACCUGUGGAAGAGCUGCCUGGGCGGCAAUCUCACCGACACACGGCUCCCCAUCGAGAAACCCAAUUUUGCCGAGCCCAGUUUCCACAUUCUCGAUGUGGGCACCGGGACCGGCAUCUGGGCCAUUGAGAUGGCACUCCGCUACCCCCAGGCCACCAUCCUCGGCAUGGACAUCAGCAGCAGCCUGCUCCCGAAAGACGUGCCCUCCAAUCUGACAUUCGAAGUCGCCGACAUCACUGAGGAGCCCUGGCCCCCACGCCUCUACGACUUCAUUCACAUGCGCAACAUCUGCCAGGGUGGUAUCCGCGACUGGCAAGCGCUGAUCACGAACGCCUACAACCACCUGCGGCCCGGAGGCCACCUCGAGUUCACCCUCUACAAGCCUCGCUUCUUCGGCGUCGACCCUGCACAGACUGACCUGCCGUCGGGGGAGCUCGCUGAGAUCGGGCCUGCCUGCCGGCUCUAUGAGACCCUCCUCACCACGAUGACGGAAGCCCUGGGGCUCGACUACGACCCCAUGUCCCGCAUCGUCGGGUGGCUGGGCGACCUCGGCGGCGAGAACAUCCGUGAGCGCACGUAUUGGGUGCCUCUCCACAGUCCUCGGGAUGUGGUCAUGCGCGAGAGGAGCGAGCUCAUGCGUCAGGUUUUCCUGUACGGCAUGGACCAGUUCAAUCUCAUGCUCUUCGACCGAAAUGGCUGGAGCGAGUCCGAUACGAGGGACUUGAUAGACCAGGUGAAUAAGGAGGUCCAGGACCCGAAGCUUCGAAGCUCCGUCAGAUUGGCGUUUAUUACAGCAAAGAAACCGCUGGUACCUCGGUCAGCGGCAGGCUCUUCAGAUGAUUAG